AUGAACAUUCCCCCCGACGCCCCUUUGGAGCCACCGUCGCCCCGUUCCGCUCAGCUUAUCGAGAACCCCUCCGUCAGCAUGGUUGGCGUUGAAGUUCACUUGCCCCCUUUUUCGACAAAGAACCCUCGGGCAUGGUUCCUACAAAUCGACGCACGAUUUGCUCUUCGUCGCAUCACCUCGCCGCUUACCAAGUACUUAAACGUCGUGUCUGCUCUUCCUCCGGAUAUCGCUGAUCAAGUGGAUUAUCUCCUGGCCGCCCCUCCGCCCGAUAAUCCUUACGAGCAACUCAAAGAAGCCAUUCUAACCCGCACCGAGUGCUCAGAACAGUCGCGCAUUCGCCAGCUGCUCUCCGGUGAGGAAUUGGGUGACCGCAGACCGUCGCAGCUCCUCCAUCGCAUGUGGCAGCUUCUUGGCAGCGCAGCCGACACUCAGCUUCCAAUAUUGAGGGAGCUUUUCCUCCAGAGGCUACCACAGCAAGUGCGCAUGGUGCUAGCGGGCUCAGAAGAGGUUUCCCUUGAGCACCUCGCUCAGCUUGCGGACAGGAUCAUAGAGCAUUCCUCACCAUAUAUCGCACCUCUCUCCCGUGCAACUCCCGCUACCUCUUCCUGCGCCGCUGACGAUGUUAUUGCAUCGCUGCAAGAACAAGUCGCACGACUGUCGGAUGCCGUCGAGACGCCCGUCCAGCGAUAUUUUCUGGUACCAUCAAAAAUACGGCGACAACGCGUUCAAAUGCACACGGCCUUGCUCUUGGUCGGGAAAUGCGGACGCCGGUCGAUAGUGGCGACCUACGACUCCGGCCCUCCAGGAAGCCGCCUGUUCUUUGUCACCGACCGAAUUGCGAAGUACCGCUUCUUAGUGGACACCGGAGCUGAGGUCAGUAUUGUACCUCCCACACGAUCUGACCGCGCCCGUGGACCGUCCACUUCGAAACUCCAGGCUGUCAACGCUUUCCAAAUCUCGACAUUCGGCCUGCGUUCCCUCGCCAUCGACAUAGGACUUAGACGCCUCUUUCAAUGGGUGUUCGUCAUAGCCGAUGUCCCCUACCCCAUCCUGGGGGCCGACUUUCUUCACCACUUCGGACUUGACAUCAGCAUUUCCCGCAAAAAGCUCGCUGACUCGACAACUGGCCUUACAAUCUCCGGCGUGCCUUCCACCCACCCAAGUAUGGGCAUUCGCACUGUGGUCCCCACCUGCUCCUACGCUGAGCUGUUGCUCGACUUUCCGGCCAUCACGAAGCCCUGCAACUUGGCCAUUCCCCCUAAGCACGCCAUCUUGCACCAUAUCAUCACCACUGGUCCGCCGGUAACUGCCCGACCACGCCGUCUCGUUGGCGAGCGGCUGAAUAUAGCGCGUCGGGAGUUUGACCACAUGUUGCAGCUUGGGCUGUUUCGACCCUCUUCCAGCCCCUGGUCAUCCCCACUGCACAUGGUCCCUAAAGCCUCCGGAGACUGGCGCCCGUGCGGCGACUACAGAGCCCUUAAUGCCGCCACCGUACCGGACCAGUAUCUGCUUCCACACAUUCAUGACUUCACCCUCGACCUCGCCGGCGCGACCACCUUCAGCAAAAUUGAUUUGGUAAAGGCCUACCAUCAAAUCCCUGUGGCACCGGAAGACAUUCCAAAGACAGCUAUCAUUACACCGUUUGACCUUUUUGAAUUCGUGCGCAUGCCAUUCGGUCUACGUAAUGGUGCCCAAUCCUUUCAAAGGUUUAUGAACGAAGUGGUGCGGGGUCUCCCGUUUGUCUUCGUUUACCUCGACGACAUACUGGUUGCUAGCAAGACCCCGGAAGAACACAAGCACGACCUUCGUCAACUUUUCCAAAGGCUGGACGAGCAUGGCCUAGUCCUCAACUCCGCGAAGUGUCUUUUCGGCCAGUCUUCUCUGGAGUUUCUGGGGCACCUGGUUUCCCAGGAAGGCAUUCGUCCCCUUCCUUCAAAGGUUCGCGCAGUGCAGGAUUUUCCCAUACCCACCUCCCUUCGCAAGCUCCGGGAGUUCCUGGGAUUCAUAAAUUUCCAUCGUCGCUUUAUCCCGCACUGCGCCGACAUCCUCCGGCCACUCACGGACCUGCUUCGUGCUUCCACAAAGACUAACCAGCCCUUCGACCUCCCUACUGAAGCUCAAGAAGCUUUCUUCCAAGCCAAAAAAUGCUUUGGCCAACGCCACUAUCAAUCUUCCUCCACGGACUGGAGGCCACUGGCUUUCUUCUCCCAGCGCCUUAAACCAUCUGAGGAGAAGUACAGCACCUUCAGCCGCGAACUUCUCGCCAUCUAUUACGCCAUCAAGCAUUUCCAUUACUACCUAGACGGAAGCCCUUUUCACGUCCUUACAGAUCAUAAGCCUUUGACUUUUGUUUUCAAGACCAACCGCACGACCUAUCCUUCUACUGAUCUUCGUCACCUCUCCUUCAUUUCCGAGUACACCACGGACAUUCGCUUCAUUAACGGGACCGACAAUCAAGCGGCGGACGCUCUCUCGCGCAUCGAGGCUAUCUCUGCUCCUGUUCUCACGCUCGAUGCUCUCGCAGCUGCGCAGGCCUGCGACCAAGAGCUUCAAGCCCUGUUGUCCCCUGGCACAACCAAAUCUUCCCUCCGCCUGGAGUAUGUUUCCCUGCCUCUUGCACCUUGCGGUAUCGCUUGUGACGUUUCCGGUUCUGCGCCUCGUCCGUACCUGCCCUCUAAGCUUCGUUUCUCCGCGUUUGAGGAGCUGCACAACAUUUGUCAUCCUGGCAUUCGGGCUACGCAGCGGCUAUUGUGCUCACGUUAUGUCUGGCCUGGCCCUUUACCACCGUCCCGAGACCAACGCUACUUACUCACCAUUGUCGACCGUUACACCCGCUGGCCCGAAGCCGUCCCCAUCAGUGACAUCACGGCGGAUACCGUAGCCCGCGCCCUCGUUUCAACUUGGAUCGCCCGUUACGGCUGUCCCACGCGCAUCACCACAGACCAGGGCCGACAAUUCCAGAGCGCCCUUUUCAAGAAUCUGAUGGCUCUCCUCGGUGUUCACCAUAUCAGCACCACGGCAUACCACCCUUCCUCCAACGGCCUCGUCGAGCGCUUUCAUCGUCAGCUGAAAGCUUCGCUCACCGCUCGCGAGGCCCAAAGCAGCUGGGUGGAUCACUUGCCUGUUGUCAUGCUGGGCAUCCGUUCGGCCUUCAAGGAGGACCUCUCCUGCACCGCAGCCGAGCUUGUUUAUGGGACGACACUGCGUCUUCCUGGCGACUUUUGGAGCGAUACCGACAGCGUACGUUCUCUUCCCCAGGCCGAGUACGUCCAGCAGCUCCGGCGUUUCUUUCGUGGCCUGGCGCCGGUUCCCUCCAGGGCGCCGCCCCCUCCAAAGUUUUCCUCCACCCCGACCUCAAUACAAGCACCCACGUGUUCCUGCGCCAUGAUGCUGUGCGGAAGCCGCUCUCGCCACACUACAAUGGUCCCUACCGUGUUCUCUCCCGAAACAGCAAGACCUUCACCAUCGACAUCGCGGGCCAGCGACAAGUCGUCUCGCUGGACCGCCUCAAGCCGGCCUACCUUGAAGCCGUCGCCCCCGCUCCCCCACUCGCUCUUGGCGAGGACUCUUCCCCCGCCUUAUCUCCUCCGAAGCCUCGUCGCAGAGUUACUUCGGCAGCUUCACUCCGUGUACGCAGCCCCACGUCGCCUCCACUCCGAGGGGGGAGCCCUGUAG